GUUCUCCCCCCGAGCGAUGGCGGCUGGCGAACCCGUCCUCGCUGCCAUCCCGAAGCGAGCCACACAGCACGGAUUGUUUGUGCCGGGUACAGACAAGCUAUUUGCAAUGAGGUUUGUUUCAUAGCUGACUCUCUCACUUGGUAUCGUUCCCCACCAUCAGCGUGGGAGAGGCCGGUGCUGUGCUACUUUCCCCCCAAGGACCGGGCCAUCUACACCGCUCUUGCCGCCACGAGGCCAAGGAAACCAUCUCUGCUCACCGAGGAGCGCUCCAAGCUGUCCACAUACAUUCGUGAUGUAUGUAGGCCAGCCACGCGCCUCCGUAUCCGUCCAUCGGUCCUUCCUUGCCUUUGCGUGUCGUGUGUGUGCAGAUCAACAAUGCUGUGCAUCCUCCUGACUACAUUCGCCCUCCAGCCCGUGAGCCGGCUCCACAACUCGACGAAGGGCCUCAGACAACAACCACCGCCACCGCAGCCCAAGACAGCCAGGCCGGACUGCCCCGCAUUCGUGCCUCGACUGCCCCACCCGGCGGCCAGCGCAAAUCGAGCGAGGGUGUGGGGAGGGCACGUGAGAGCGUGUUGAUCUAUCCCACUGGUGGUGAGAGGCCGGCCAGUCUCCAGGGCGUGGCUACGAGGGCGAUGCUGCAGCAUCGACAGGCGGUGGAAGUCGAGAAGGCCACCAAGAAGUGGAUGAGUGAGUCGCAUCGGGUGACCAAGGCCGUUUUUGACCAGGGGAGGCACGUCCCUUGGCCGAGGUCAGCUCAUGCAAACACGCGGAGGAUGAACGAUGCACUCAUGUCAGCGGUCAGUUGGUCGGUCGGCCGGUCGCUGUGUCAGGUACAAGCUGCCGACGUAUCAGCCGGCGCCCCUGCCGACGUGCCUGGCCCGAACGGUUCCCCAAAGCCAAUACACCAUGGGUACUGAAUCACUGGAUUACACUGUCAUCGAUGCACUUGUCCAACAAAACAUCAGAGUUUGGCAACUACGGAUCGAAUCCCCGUGACAGGGUAGGUCUGCACAGCAUCCAUAAGCAGACACAGGCUGUUAGUGUCGAAGUCUGAUGUCCCCUGUUGAUAUGAUUGGCAGCUGUCGUACUAUGCGACGUUGCUGCCUAAGAGGAGGGACGAAGUGACGUAAGAGAUGAAGAGAAUCAAGCGAGACAUGUAUGUCUGUAUCUUGUGCGGGGGUCGGUUGACAAGCAGCAUCGGCACAACGAAAGCCACCCUGCACAUACCAGGAUACUCAGUAUGAGAUCGAUCAUCUGUCUGUAGUACAUGGAUGUGCAUGAUGCUCGUGUCUUGUGUGUUCCCUGGCUGUAGGGGUUCUUGUCGUCAAGUGCCAAGCGACUGCGUGACCCGCCUACACCUGUCCCACGUUCUCUGCUCCGCAAUAGGGACAACCUUGUGGAGAACUAGUACGUACAGGAAGGGACAUGAACAAACGGAAUACGCACUGGCUGUCCUGGUCAUCUACUGCACCGAUUGGCAGCUCACAUUUUUUGCCGAAGUACACUGGCUAUCAGCCAACAGCCGCCCAAAACGACAGGGGGUACACAGCAGACAGCCACGCGACAUCCACAAACGUCAAUAUACAUGCCCGAACGCCCUGUCUGUCUGUCUGUCUGUCUGUCUGCCUUUCAUUCUGUCCGUGUGGCGUGCUUGGUCUACGACAGCCCCCCCCAGCCCACGGCAGCCACGACCUCGGGUUAUGCAGCGCAGGAACCGUACCGUGUCAUGCUCAAAAUCAAGGACGCCCAGACCAACUGACUGACUGAUUGCCGCACCGACUGACUGACUGACACAGAUGGGUGCUGAAUGGCGCCUACGAUGCCUGGUUGGCCACUGAGACAGGCGCGGCGUACACUGCGCCGUACACUUGAGCGUCUGCUUGUGCAUCGAUUGUCGCUGUGUAUGAGACGCUGAGCGAGUGAGUCAGUGCAGGAGAGAGAUCUGAGUGGUCGGCAUUAGACACACUCCGCGUGCAUGUAUAUUAUAGGUCGAAAAGCGCGUGGUUCCCUCCUCAAUCUGCCGUGUGUAAAUUCGCACCCUGCGAGCUAAGCGUCCCUCCUUCUCCCUUCCCUCCCCUCCCCCCCCCCC